UAAAGCACUUUUCGUACUGUAGCACUUUAAUUACUUUGUAAUUAGUUUUAGUAAUCAAAUUAAUCAAUUCAAAUUAAUUCUAAAAAAGUUCAGCAUUAAAGUCAGUGUUAGAAAGCAUGAUGACCUGCCUCUAUCAGUCAGACAGUCUGACGUGAACUUUCAGUUAAAUAAGAAAUUUUAAGGAAUCACUGAUUAUUGUGUGAACCGCAGCAUCGUAAAUAAAAUAUGUUUAGUUAUAAAUAAAGUUUUUGAGUAGUUUGAAUUCCGAUUUCGUCACAGGUCACAUGUGGAUCAACCAGAGACACGCUUCUAAUGCAUUCUGUUCAUUUCUGUAUGAAAAGUGUAGAAACAUGCAGAAGACUACAACAACCUAAUUGCACCUGGAGCCGCACGGACAGCAUCAGAGGGACGCUCAGCUGGUCUGAGCAUGUGCAUCGUCACAGGUGAGGUGAGGGAGGGGCUUCCGAGGUAAAAGGCGCUGCAGCCCCGCCCUCUUCUGUCAGAGACCCAGGUGGAGCUCAGUGAGGACGUCCAGAAGCUCUUCAUCCUCCUCGUCAUCCUCAUCUUCUCCACAGUCAGUCGUUGCUUCUCAGUAACUGCUCAGGUGUGUUUCCUCUGUGUGUUCAUUACCUGUGAUCAGUGAGGAGGCAUUCGCUGUCUGUCGGGUUUUCCUCUUCCUGCUUUUAAACUUCUUGAUUUCAAAUGUUUAAAUAUACAAAACCUUCUUCACUUACUGUUUCUGUGAACGCCGCAGAGGUGAGAUAGUCACACACACACACACCAUGCUAAAACAUACAUGUCAAAACCAACUGUGUGUGUUGAUGCAACCUGAACAGGUUGAAACUUGAUAGAUGUUUUCAUACAGCCUCAGGGUUGGACGACCGAUGAGCUGUCAGGUGUGUUAGCUCAUGUUUGCAGGUGUGUCAGAAUUGGCACAGGUGUGUGUUUGUGUGUGUCAACCUCGCCCUGUGAAAAAGGAAGUGCACACAAUGAACCAGCUGCUGCAAGAGGAACACAACGCUGUUAAUAUGACACACACACACAGACACACACCUAGGGUUGCCAACCGUCCCUUGAAAAACGGAAUCGUUCCGUAUUUAGAAACAAAAGUAUUGAGCUGAAAAAGGACGCACUUUGUCAAAUGGUUAAAAAAAAUAAUUUCACACACAAAAACAAGAGCUAAAAAAUUCCCCACACUGGGAAGGGUGAAGACAAUCGGGUCGCCCAGCCCUGGCCAUGAGGUGUCCCUUUUUUUCUUUUUUUUUUUUUUCAGGGAGUUGGCAACCCUACACACACCUGUGCUAUGGGAGCGGCUGUGAAAUUCAUCAUCCAACAGCUCUGAGCUUUACAUGUGUUUUCGAUUUUGAUUGGGCUACAGCACACACCUGUUUGUUGUCCUGUGACUGAUUUUAAUGUUUUCAUGACUUUGAAGCCAGAUUAAGUAAAUCUGAUAUUGUGGGUGGGGAUUACAUACACGCCACUGGUUAACGCUUCUGCCACGCCCCUUUCAGUGAAACGUUUUCAGGUUGGACUGUUUUCUUUUCUGUGGCUCCGCCCCUUCUAGGUGACAUCAUGGUAUCCCAUCCAGAGUUUGAGCGUGCAGGGAAGGAGGCGGGGCUUCAGGUGUGGCGGGUGGAGAACAUGGAGCUGGUUCCUGUUCCUGAGAGCUUGUAUGGCCGGUUCUACAUCGGCGAUGCGUACCUCAUCCUGAAGAGCACGAGCAACCGCAGUGGUGCCUUGCAGUACGACCUGCACUACUGGCAGGGUUCAGCGUGUUCUCAGGAUGAGAGCGGCGCGGCGGCUAUCCUCACCGUUCAGAUGGACGACUUCCUGCAGGGGGCGCCAGUCCAGUACCGCGAAGUACAGGGCUACGAGUCUGGUACCUUCACCGGGUACUUCAAAUCUGGUCUCACAUACAUGAAAGGGGGCGUGGCCUCAGGGUUCAAACACGUGGUGACCAAUGAUGUUGGUGAUGUUAAGAGACUGCUGCAUGUCAGAGGUCGGCGUGUUGUUAGGGCGACGGAGGUUCCUGUCAGUUGGGACAGCUUCAACCAGUCAGACAGCUUCAUUCUGGUCCUGGGACAGGAAAUUAUUCAGUGGUCUGGUUCCCAUAGCAACCACUUUGAGAAGCUGAAGGCAACUAUGAUGUCUAAGGGUAUCCGUGACAACGAGAGGUGCGGGCGGGCUGAGCUCCAGGUCUGCGAUGAAGGGGCGGAGCCAGAGAAGAUGAUAGAGGUUCUCGGGGAGAAGCCGGAGCUUCCCGAGUCUCAGGCUGACGACACCGAGACGGAUGCCUCCAACAGGAAAGCGGCUUGUCUCUACAAGGUGUCGAAUGCAGGCGGAGACCUGGAGGUCACUGUGGUGGCCGAGGAGAGCCCGUUCUCCCAGAAUACUUUGGUGUCCAGCGAGUGUUUCAUCCUUGACAACGGAGCCAACGGACACAUCUUCAUCUGGAAAGGUAAAGAUGCAAACUCGGAGGAGCGUCACGCUGUCCUGAACACCGCAGAGUCGUUCAUCUCAAAGAUGAACUACCCCAGUUUCACACGGGUCCAGGUCCUUCCCGAGCACGGGGAGGCGCCGCUCUUCAAACAGUUCUUUAAGGACUGGAGGGACCCCAGUGACAUGGUCGGCAUGGGAACCGCCUACGUGUCCAAUAAGAUUGCAAAGAUGGAAAAGGUGCCAUUUGAUGCAUCUACACUCCACCAAUCAGAAGGCAUGGCGGCGCAGUAUGGCAUGGUCGACUGCGGGGACGGAGAAAAACAGAUUUGGAGGGUCGAAGGCUCGGAGAAGGUUCCCGUGGACUCGGCGUCCUAUGGUCAGUUCUAUGGAGGAGACAGUUACAUCAUCCUGUAUCGCUACCAGCACAGCGACCGAAGUGGUCAGAUCAUCUACACGUGGCAGGGAGCGGAGUCUACCCAGGACGAGGUUGCGGCAUCGGCCUUCUUGGCUGUUGAGGUGGAUGAUGAGCUGGAAGGAAGUGCUGUCCAGGUGCGGGUCAUUCAAGGAAAAGAGCCCGCCCACCUCAUGAGUCUGUUUGGCGAUAAACCACUGGUGGUGUACAAGGGCGGGACUUCUAGAGAGAACGGCCAAUCAGAAGCUGCAGACACUCGCCUGUUCCAGAUAAGAGCCAAUCCAGCAGGAAACACCAGAGCUGUGGAGGUGGAGCCGUCCUCCUCCCGUCUGAACUCCAACGAUGUUUUCCUCCUGGUUUUCCCCUCUGGAUCCUGGAUGUGGAAAGGCAGUAGAAGCAACUCGGACGAACUGAAGGGAGCCGAACAGCUGGCUGAGAUCCUGCAUGUGACCCCCACUCUUCUGGACGAGGGGGAGGAGCAAGAUGGAUUCUGGGACACGCUGGGGGGGCAGCAGGACUACUGUCGGUCUGCUCGGCUGAAGAACAAGAUGGAAGCUCAUCCUCCCCGGCUGUUUGCCUGCUCCAACAAGACGGGAAAUUUCAAGGUAGAUGAAGUUCCAGGUGAGCUGACGCAGGAUGACCUCGCUCCUGAUGAUGUCAUGAUCUUGGAUACCUGGGACCAGGUGUUCGUUUGGAUUGGAAACGAAGCUCAGGAGGAGGAGAAGACUCAGGCGGUGACAUCAGCUGAGCGCUACAUCGAGAGUGACCCAGCCAAUCGUGACCCUCGAACCCCCAUCGUGACGGUGAAGCAGGGAUUCGAACCGCCGACCUUCACCGGCUGGUUUCUGGGCUGGGAGUACGAAUACUGGUCCAUUAGCCCACUCCGGCGCUAUCUCCAGGCCCUGUGACCUCACUUCCU